ACUUUUUUCCUAAAUAGUCAGAAAAUAUUUAGACAUUAAAGCUUUUCAGCCAUUUUUGUUAAAUGAUUAAUAAUUUAUAAGCCAGUGUCCAAAUAUCAGAAACUUUAAAUCAGUUUGUUAAAAGCCCUAAUUUAUUCAUUUUACCACUUUUUUUUUAUUUUUUUAUCCUUUGUUAAUCCUUUUUAACUUUGAGAAUUUGUUUUGUACUGUUGAAACCAUGCUCAUCAUGUGGCCUUUUUCUAUAAUGCUAAAAGACCAACGGCUUCUCCUCUAGCCUUUUUUUGCAUUUGUGCUGUCUCAACAACACAAACACUCAAAUAUAUAAUUUUCUGGGGUGCGCUGCCAUCCUGCCCCCUGGGUGAUGCCGAGCGGCAGCAUGAGUGGGGGCCUGUCUGGACCCACUUCCCCACCCCACCCCACUGUCCCAUCCAGACCUCUCCGGCCUAGUCGCUACGUGCCGGUCUCUGCCGCAACGGCCUUCUUGGUUGGAGCAACCACCCUCUUCUUCUGCUUCACGUGCCCUUGGCUUUCGGAGCAGUUUUCCGCCGCUGUGCCGAUAUACAAUGGCAUUAUAUUUCUGUUUGUUCUGGCCAAUUUCUGUAUGGCCACCUUUAUGGAUCCUGGCAUCUUCCCUAGAGCUGAGGAAGAUGAGGAUAAAGAGGAUGAUUUCCGGGCUCCUCUUUACAAGACUGUGGAGAUUAGAGGCAUUCAAGUCCGGAUGAAGUGGUGCUCCACCUGCCGUUUCUAUAGACCUCCACGUUGCUCACACUGCUCUGUGUGCGACAACUGUGUGGAGGAUUUUGAUCAUCACUGUCCGUGGGUCAACAACUGUAUCGGCCGGAGGAACUACCGCUACUUCUUCCUGUUCCUGCUCUCUUUGACGGCUCACAUAAUGGGAGUGUUUGGCUUCGGCCUGCUGUAUAUUCUCUACCACACCCAGCAGCUGGACAGAGUGCAUUCGGCUGUCACUAUGGCUGUCAUGUGUGUCGCUGGGCUUUUUUUCAUCCCAGUAGCAGGUCUCACUGGUUUCCAUGUCGUUCUGGUGGCAAGAGGCAGGACCACCAAUGAGCAGGUAACAGGGAAGUUCAGAGGAGGUGUGAACCCCUUCACAAACGGCUGCUUGAGGAACGUCUCGCACGUUCUGUGUAGCUCACAGGCACCCAGGUAUCUGGGUAGAAAGAGGAAGGCUGAGACAGUGUCUAUUCAGCCUCCUUUCCUCCGACCACAGCUUACUGAGGCUCAGCUGGCAGCCAAGGUGCUCGACAACGGAAUCCAAGGAGACCUUCACCGGUCUAAGAGCAGUUUGAUGGAGAGUCAGUCUGCGGACGCCGAGCCUCCGCCUCCACCCAAACCAGAGCUCAGAUACCCUGGGCUGUCCCGAGGACCUGCCGGACACUCUGAGGAGAGUAGUCUGUUGAAUAAAGCCCCUCCCACCCCCACCAUGUUCAAGUACAGGCCCACAUACAGCAGUCCGGCCAAGAACCACACUGCCCUCACACAUGCCUACGCCAACCAGAUGAGUCGUGGGGACAGUCUUAAAGAGUCCUCCUCCUCUCUCCUCCAGUCCAGUCAGCAGCCAGGCUAUCGCUCUGAGCCCAGUCUGGAUGGGCACGAGGGGGGUGGAGUUGAACGAAGCGGGCCAGAGCGAACAGGUGGGGGUCCCGGAGGACCUCCAGGCUCAGGGAUCACAGGAUACUCUCUAGGAGGGCGUUCAUAUCCCUCCUUCUCUGAUCCCCCAGUUCUUGCCGGAGGGGCCUCGCGGUCCUCUAGUGUUCGCUCUUCUCACAAUGCCCCACCAUCUGAGGCUACCACCUCCACCAGCUACAAGAGCUUAGCCAAUCAGACGCCACCACCGGCUCCUAGGAACGGCAGUCUGUCAUAUGAUAGUCUACUUACACCUUCCGAAAGCCCAGAUUUUGAGUCUGCAGUGCCAGAGGUGUCACCAGGGCGCCCGCGCACACCUGUUGGAUACAGUUCGCCUUUCCUGUCGGCACAGAUCGCCCAGCAGCGGGAGGCAGAGCUCCACCAGCCGUGUGCCUCCAGCACCGCCCUCCUUGCCUCCCCGCAACACGCCGGCUAUCUACGUGGCUUCACCUCCUCUCCUCCCGCUCCACCUGAACGAGAGCGGGAACGACAGCUGCAUGACUCUCAACCACCCCACCACCAUCAUCAUCAUCACCACCACCAUCAUCACCAUCACCAUCGGCCGCCCCGCUUCUCUCGACCCCCUCUGCUCUCUGACUCGGGCCCAUCUCAGCCCUCAUAUCCGUACCGCACUCGCUCCACUGACACGCCUCUGCCGAACACCACCCACCCUCUACACUCGCCCCACCCCCCGCCGCUGGGGAAGUCUCUGUCUUACUCUAGCGCUGCUGCUGCAGAGAUGCAGUACCGCCUGGUCCGCAAAGCCUCGGCCUCGGUCGGGGGAGGGGGCAUACAGGGGCCAAAGGACGAGAUUCAGAUGAAGGCGUAUAGUCGGACAAAUGGGCAGCCAAAACCUUUUUCCACCCCCUUGUCCCCCUCUAAUCCUGUCAGCGUGUCCACUCGGCCAGGACAGGCGUAUUCCAGUGCUGGCUCUUCUCAGAGCCCCGCCCACAAGCCUGGAGGCGGAGUGAAGAAGGUGACGGGCGUUGGAGGGACCACUUACGAGAUAUCGGUGUGAGAUCUCGAGUCACUGUUCUGAGCCGUGGAAUUAUUUUCUUCACUCUGUUUGGCGGACAAUUAUUGGUGCCUACUGGAAAGAUCUGAAAACCUCUUCAAAAUUGAAGCAGACCUCUGCUGUUAUUUUUUAAAACAGAUGUAAUGGUGACCAGCAGUUUUUUUUUGGAGGAGGAGGAGGAGCAGUUCAAGCCCUGACAUAGUGAACUUCAGGACUCCUCACCAGUAAGGAGCUGGAACACAGAAUCGGUGUGACUGCAAAGGACCAGUUUGCCUUCAAAACAUUUCAGUACAAUACAACAACAAAAAAAGAUUUUUAUCCAACAUAAAGGUGUAAAUUUUCCUGUAUAGAGAAAAAAAGGUAAUUGUUUUCUUUUUUCACCGGGUGGAAUUGAAUUUUACAAUAGGGGACCUGUGGUAUUCAGUAUCCAUUUCAGACCACUGUGAUUGGCAUGCGACAACGUUUUGUCG